AACCAGGCAUUACUGUUUUAGGGCCUAUAGUUAUUGGCUAAUUGUUCGUAAAUGACAGCAUGUAGUUAUAUAUUGAUUAGACACUGAGUUUCGUUGUAAUGUUGCAUUUUAUAAAAUAAAUAAAUUAAUAAUUACCACAUUUUGUUAAUUCAAAAUUUUUCUUAUGUAUUCUCAUAUAUAGUGAGGAUCAAUAGGCAAAUUUAUUGCAAAAUAUUUUUUAUUUUAUUUAUUUAUGUUUAAUAUUUACAGAUUUUUUUUGUAUUUAUAAUUAUUUAGGCUAGCUGGAAUAUGAAAUGAUCUCAUCAUGUGUAUACACGCAGUAGCCUACUAAAAGCAAGCAAUAUGAAUUGGGCGUACAUUUCCCCAAAAUAAUUAUUCCUAAAAAUGACUAAAAUGGAAGUGGAAUCGUUAAAUUAUUAAAGUUCUUACAUUUGCUUUCCCUAAGCGAGAAGUAACACGGUUAAAUACUGUAGGCUACAUCCAUCUGACACAUAAGAAUAGCUCAGACGGAGCACAAGAACCAGUCCACUCAUAACCAAAAGUCAUAUAAACAGUGAAUUAUAACGUCUCCGGCGCGUGGUGCUGAAAGGACAGCGCCCUUAACUUUAACCUGCAUGGGCGUGGCGCUUCAACUAUCAACGGAGCAACGACACUUUAAGACCCAAGAGAAGAAAAAUAAAUAAAUAAACAUCAAGAGUCAUUAUCAAUGCUAUGACUAAACCUAACAUAGGCUACAUUUCUCUUUAUUUACCACAUCAACCGCGUGUUCACCAAACAAAUGGUGUGAGCGCUAACAAUGGUAGGUUACUACACAAUGGGCAUUAAGUGACAAGUCAUCCGGGGAAAGAGCCCUCAGAUAUGGACACAUUACAUCUUUAACCCUCAAAACACCGCAUCGCUUCCGCUGUUUCUCCUCUCAUCUCUCCAGCAGAGCGUCACCUCAUCCUCCGUCGGUCUCACGUCUACUGUACGGUAACAUCUCUGGAUUUUCUCUCUCUGUCUAUCUGUCAUCGAAAUAUAAUGCUUUUAAAUCUUGAUGCGUUGCGUUUAAUAACAUAUCAUUUGCACGGUUUACAGUUAUUUGCAUAUAUUCUUAAUGUGUUGUGUUGUUCAACAGAUUGUUCAACAUGAGUAGGCAUCUUUUCUAAAGGGCUUUUCAUUGAAGUGUUUGCUAUCGUUGCGAUCAAUUGCAUGUUAAUAUGCAGGGCUGAAUAGUGUGGAUAAUAAAAUUCAUUGUUUUUUUUGGGUUUUUUUUGACAAACUCAUUUCUGUUACCUUUGUCAAAUAUCCUGAAGAAAUGCUAAUGUAGUUUCUAUAAUUUCUAUCAUAUUAAUUACUGAUAUUUUUACCCAGUAGGAUUUUAUUUUAUUCUUAGAGGAUUCUUAUUUGAAUUAUUAUCUCGUUAGAAAAAAAAAAUCCAUUAGCAUUCCUUUAGGAUUUGUAGGAACCUCCUCGCCUCACAUGUGAUACUGUUUCUCACCUCCCAAUGAAAAAACUAACAUUUAGUGUCCACAGAGCAACCCCCUGCUCUCUAACCGGAGGUUUACAUGCCUUUGCAUCCAUCUGACAGUAUUCACUGAGAGAAAUGUCUGCUGUCGGAGAUGUGCCUGCGUUCUUCCAGAACAUGGGAAGCUCCAGCCCCAACCAGCCACGGCAGAAAUUCUGUGGCAUGUUCUGCCCGGUGGAGGGUUCGUCAGAGAACAAGACGCUGGACUUCGACUCGCUGUCCUCAGGGAAAGGUCGAGUGAUCGAGAGGCAGAAGGAUAUCUCCAAACCACGAAAGGUGGAGAUUAGAAGAAGUACCGGAAAAGAGAUUCUGCAGAACCUAAACGACGAGAGUGAUCGUCUCUUGAUUAAAGGGGCUAAGAUUGUGAAUGAUGAUCAGUCAUUCUGUGCCGACAUCUAUAUGGAAGAUGGCCUGAUCAAGCAAAUUGGAGAAAAUCUGAUAGUGCCUGGUGGGGUGAAAACCAUCGAUGCCCAUGGGCGUAUGGUAAUGCCAGGUGGCAUUGAUGUGCACACACGCUUCCAGAUGCCUGACAGGGGCAUGACUGCUGCAGAUGACUUCUACCAAGGCACCCGCGCUGCGCUGGCUGGAGGAACCACCAUGAUCAUCGAUCAUGUGGUGCCUGAACCCGGGAUGAGUUUGAUCUCAGCCUUCAAUCAGUGGCGGGAAUGGGCAGACAGCAAAGCGUGCUGUGACUAUUCCCUUCACGUGGACAUCACCGAAUGGCACAAGGGUGUUCAAGAGGAGAUGGAGACGCUCGUCAAGGAUCACGGCAUUAACUCUUUCCUCGUCUACCUGGCUUACAAAGAUGUUUUCCAGCUCACUGAUUCCCAGAUCUACGAAGUGUUCAGUGUAAUUCGGGACCUCGGAGCCAUCGCUCAGGUCCAUGCUGAGAACGGAGACAUCAUAGCUGAGGAGCAGCGCAGGAUUUUGGAGUUGGGUAUCACUGGACCAGAGGGACAUGUCCUCAGUCGUCCAGAGGAGGUGGAGGCAGAAGCAGUCAACCGCUCUGUAACAGUUGCCAAUCAGACCAACUGCCCUCUUUACGUCACCAAGGUGAUGAGCAAGAGUGCCGCUGAUGUCAUUGCCCAGGCCAGGAAAAAAGGCACUGUAGUGUAUGGAGAGCCAAUCACAGCAAGCCUUGGCACGGACGGCUCACACUAUUGGAGCAAGAACUGGGCCAAGGCUGCCGCCUACGUCACAUCCCCACCCUUGAGUCCAGAUCCCACCACACCGGACUAUCUCAACUCACUGCUGUCAUGCGGGGAUCUGCAGGUAACAGGAAGCGCUCACUGCACCUUUAACACUGCCCAGAGAGCUGUGGGUAAAGAUGACUUCACCCUCAUCCCUGAAGGAACCAAUGGCACUGAGGAAAGGAUGUCCAUCAUCUGGGACAAAUGUGUGGUAACUGGAAAAAUGGAUGAAAAUCAGUUUGUGGCCGUCACCAGCACCAACGCUGCUAAAAUCUUCAACUUGUACCCGCGUAAGGGCCGCAUUGCCGUGGGCUCAGAUGCUGAUCUGGUUCUGUGGGAUCCUGAUGUUACAAAGAUCAUCUCAGCGAAGAGCCACAAUCUGGCAGUGGAGUACAACAUUUUCGAGGGUACCGAGGUGCGUGGGGCACCCCUGGUGGUCAUCAGUCAGGGAAAGAUCGUACUGGAGGAUGGAAAUCUCCACACCACAGAGGGAUCCGGACGCUACGUGACCCGUAAGCCCUUCCCUGACUAUGUCUACAAGAGGAUAAAGGCUCGCAGCAGGCUUGCUGAACUGAGGGGCGUCCCACGGGGUCUCUACGACGGGCCGGUCUGUGAAGUCUCAGUGACACCCAAAGCUGUGACCCCUGCUUCCUCUGCCAAGACCUCUCCUGCCAAGCAGCCCGCUCAACCGGUCCGCAACCUGCACCAGUCUGGCUUCAGUCUCUCUGGUGCUCAGGUUGACGACAAUGUCCCCCGCCGCAACACCCAGCGUAUCGUUGCGCCCCCUGGUGGCAGGGCCAACAUCACCAGCCUGGGCUAGACCCCUGUCUUUCAGCCGACAGGAGAAUAGGGGGCUGGGGGGAGGGAUGUCUAUAAACGGAGGUGUUUGCCGAGACCACCGUGUCAUAUCGAGAACCGAACCCUCCACAGGGCCUAUUGAUUCUUUAUUCCCUAGUCUCCCAACCCCCAAGCUCUCACCCUUUUCCCUUGUUUUCUUUUCCCAACCCUACACCACUUCCUAAAGGAGACAUCUAGAGAAAAAAAGUAUUUGCCUCAUGUGAAGAGAGAAGGAAAAAUGUAACAUCCACAUUUGAGCACUUCUGAUUGUAUGAUUUUUAUACUGUACUUUCUAUCCACCAUGAGUCCUGUUAUUAUUUUUGUAUUUAACUUUAUUUGCUUUUUGAAAUCAGAGGGAUCAAGUGUGUGUACUAGAGAAGCUGUUUAUCAUUGUUACUUAUUAACAAGGCAAGGGUUAGAGUACUGGGUUUCUUGUGUCAUUGUUUGUGGCUAAAAGUCUAUAAAGACUUUUAAGUCUAUUACAUUAGGAAUGUCUAUAUUUUUAGGAAUUUUUUUAUUAAGUUUUUUUUUUUUUUUUUUACUCAGUUUACAUCAAAAUGAACACCUGACCGUAUUCUGCCCGCGCCCUUUCCGUAGCAUUCAAUGCGAUUUCUGUACCAGUCAAUAAAAGAAAGCUUUUCCAGUGGUUGCUAAUUAAAAACCAUGUGUUUCACAACCAGAGAUAUUUAAUUAACAAUGUUAAUGUUAUUGAAGAAGAAACGGCAUGUAAAAACAAGCAACUUAGCAAUGUUGGAGAAAAUAAGAGAGGACCACAAGUGAUUCUAGCUGGAAACGUUCCUCGUUUUGUCCUCAUUCCAAAAAAACUUUUUUUACACAAGCUGUUUUAAUACUUAUUGGUUAAGAACAGGAGAGAGUCAAGGUUGUUUUUGGCCGUGAAGAAAUAGUGGGCUGUUACUGUGGGGAUUAUUGAGAAUUUAGCAGGUGUUAACUAAAGGAAAUGCAACAAAGAAUCGUCUUUUUGCUGUUAUGUCUCUUUUUAAGAACAACGUGGAUGUGACGCUUUGAAAUUAGUAUCAGUUUCCUAAUGCACUAAAGCCUAAAGUCUACUUCAGUUUUGACACAAACACUUAGCGUAUGCAUACGGUACAGCUGAACAAAUAGCCUUUCAAAGAGGGAUGCCAGGUUUUCACAACAUAACCCUCCCAAUCGCUAAAAUCCUCUUUUUGGUGGGGUUCCCCUCAUAAAAUUCGCAUUCCAGAGGCUAAAUAUAACGUUAUUUGGGGUCGCUUCAACCCGCAGACAUGAAAAACAAUCCGCGGCAACAGUGUUAAAGUAGCCCAAUUCCGUGGGAAAACUGGACUAAUAUGGAUGCUCGACAUAUGCGCAUUAGAAUGUUUCAUCCUUGUUCAGUGUCUGCGAUAUUUCUCAUCAAAGUUGUUAUAAAAAUCUCUUUUUUACUCGUUUAAACUAGAGUUGCCCCUCACACAAGCACUAACUCCCUCCGUUUCUUUUUCGACUAUGAAACAACGACCAAGGCCAGUACCAACUUGUGGACAAAUUAAUCAAUGCAAAAAAAAUAUAUAUAUAUAUAUUUUUUUUUUUUUUCAAAACCCAUGUUGAUCGUACAGAGUACACGUGUUUACAAAAGUCAGGCUGCUCUGUACUGUGCUGAUGACAUUUCCGCGAUGAAAUUUACAUACGCGUGUGUGAAAAAAUUGAAGUAUACUUUGGGCUUAAGGGCCAAAAAAACCCAGACAGAUGUUUCUGUAGGUUUGGUUGCAGCGCAGUACAAAUAUACCAUGUGAGUCGUGAGAUUUUACAGUAUCGAGUGAUUAUGCCGCAACUUUUUAUGUCAACAAAUGUGAUAUAGCAAACUUACGCUUAUGUGUCCUUUUUUGUACCUUUAACUCCAAGCUGUGCCGGAGAUGUACUGAUCACAUUGAGUACUGCUACAAGCUUGUUCAUGUUUAUUGUUUGAAACAACUGAAAGGCUGUUAAAUGUAAAAUAGCCGGUUAACCGAUACAAAGGUGCCAGAUCUUUCUCUUAAAUCGUCAUAGUGCUUUUGAAAGGCUUUUCUGAGUAUGAGUUGUCAGCGCCAUUCUUAAUGUCGACAUCCAUUUUAGUGCAGUUUUAAAAUGCUACGUACUGUCAUAAUAUCAUAAAAAUAAAACAUAGUAAGUUAAAGGUGAUUUUCAACAGCUGUGCUGAUGGCAGCUCCAUGUUUUGGUGUUGUUGUUGUAUUUUUUAUGAUCAAAGAAUGAAUGAGAGAUUUUCUGUUAAUCUGUUUGUUUCUCACCCAAGUUGGUCUGAAAACAUGAUAAACAUGCCCUAAAAGCACACAGGGCAAUGCAUUGGGCAGCUAGCGCGCUAGGUUAGCUGAUGUUUUCUUUUCCUGUGUUUGACAUUUUCUAUUGAAACAGGAAGUUUAGCUGAACACAUGGAAAUAUCAUCUUUUUAUUUUAAAUGGCUUUAGGGUAUGUCACAGCCAUUAAUUAUGAUCUGGUAUUUGCUAAUGCUGGUUGGUUGCUUGUGGUAUUGUGGGAGGGACAUUCUCAUUCUAGAGUGCAUCUGAUUGGACAAAAAUGUGUAGUACAAGAUGAGUCAUCAAUAGCCUAUUUCUGGUUCAUUUUUCCUGAAGAGAAACACUGUACAUUUUAAAUGUGUUUAUCUGUUAACAUUUAUGAGUACAUUAGCCUUAAAACUAAGACAUCGACUAAACGCCACAAAACUGUAAUUUUAAUUUUAUGACUUCUUUAACACUAAUGAUAAUCCACAUUUUGUGGAAGGUGCUAAACCUUAUGUUCAGCCCAGAUGAAGGAGGCAUAGUAUAAAGUAAAAAGUAGUAAUAAAAAGACUUUAACUGGUUUUAAUGUGCCUUGCUUAAAUCUCGACAUGGAUUAGCGAUGGCGGAACUUUUCUUGUAUAGUCUGUUUUUCAUUUAGUAAACCCGUCCUCCAGAUGUUUUCUUUUCCCUCAUGCACAUCAGCAAAAUCUUGGCCUGUAUCAUCAUUCUCCAUUGCUUGCCUUUUCCUCUGUGACUCAACACAGAGAAACACACACACAAACGCACACAAGCUCCAGUUCAUUCCAGCACUGACGAGGUUUAACCUUGCAUAUUCACUGCUGCUUUGUUGUUGUAUGCUUAGUGUGUACUCAAAGACACACAAUUGUUUCUUCCAAAGUGAAGAAAAUACGGAGCCCCUAAAGGGACAUUGUAUGGAGAGGAAGAAUCAUUGCAAUCCUUUUGCAUUCUCUCGCAAAACUUUUGCGUUCCCCUGAGAAACCUUGUAUUGCUCACAAAACCUUUGUGUUCCUCAGAGAAACGUUGCGUUCACUCGCAAAAGUGUACUAAUGUUAAUAAUGUGAAACAGGAGGAAAAACACAAAUUCAAAUAUAAUUUUUCCUCCAUAUUUUUCCACCAAUAUGUCCCCCUUAGGGGCUCCAUAGGAAACUUACACUGCAAAAAAAAAAAAAAAAAAAAAAGUUUAGGUUAUCCCAUAGACCAAAAAUUAUAAUAAUAAUUUUGAUGUAUAAAUUUAUUUUUCUUCCUUGUAUGAAUGCCGUAAGAAAAAUAAAUUUAAUUCAAAAUACAAGGCUUCAUUUCUUAUGCAGUUUUGCAUCUCAUGCAAAUUUUUCUUGUUUUUUCUUUUUACUGGAAAGCGCGACAAAAAUAGGUUAUGACGUUUUGUUCAAGUUCUCCAAGUAGAAGUUAUCAGGACAUUAUCCUGUCCUCACUAAAAUGUGUCUAUUUUUGACUCGUUUUAAUCAUGUUCUUUAGUUUUGUUACAUAAAUCGUACGUUCAUCAAGCCAAACUACAGCGGGAGAAAAAAGCGAGAGACGUAGGCCUACGUGUUGUUGUUGCACCGUGACUGUCUUUGUGCGCUUGCUGUAGGAAUGCGUCUCUCAAGUGGAGGUUGACGCGAAGGUUAUAAUGAUUCAUUCUGUUCGGAAGGACUGAUGGGAUGGCGGUGAGAAGGGCCGCUGUAGACCCCACACAGUAGCUAUAUCUUCUAGUCAUCACCUCAUGACUGUUGUGAUUGUUUUCGCUCUUCCUGUUUCUUGUUCGUUUCUUGCUGACCUCAUUGCCUUUCUACUGUUACUAUGACGACUCUUUUAUUUGUCAUGGCAACACAUUACACAUCGGAAGCAUAUGCCCCUAGCAACCCUUCUGGGUCUGGUGCUAUUAAAACAACAUCGAAUGGCUGGAUCAUUUCAACCAAGUUGUGAUUACAGUGCAACACAAACCAUAUCUGUACAGUACCCACCUUUCCAAAAGAGAAGCUGCCAUAAUCUGUUUCCUGCCUUUCUUGGUGGCACGUUUAUCAGUAUGGGAGUAUUGAAUUAUGUUUAUUUCUUCCAUACCUCAUGGACAGUUUUUUUUUUUUUUUUUGGUUGAACAAUUUUGUGUAUGUUUGCCAGUGAGAUAGAACUCAAUUUAAGAUUUUUUCUUUUUUUAAUUUGUAGUUUUCCACAAUUUUGCUUCUCAAUUAAACUUAAUGAUUAGUUUAAUGAUUUUUAUUUUUUUAUUUUUUUUGAAGACAAAAUAUUAAGCUAAUUAGUUUCUUUUCAUUUAAGUUGGUGUGGAAAUAUGGCAUAAAUUGAGAACAGAAUUGUCCUAUGUGAGUUUUCCAUGUGUUUUCCUUGAGACAUCAUAUGAGCAUAUGCAAGAGUUCAAAUUAAACAUGCCUUAAGCAUUUCCUCUGAUCCCAGAGCAGCUGUCGGCACUAACACACACUCACACACACACUUUGCUAUGUAUGCUUGAAUGUUCUUCUAUGCGUGGUAUGUAAUCUAUGUAAAAUGCAGAUGGGAACUGAAAGAUGGUUCUGUCUGAGGUUGCCAAUGAUUUCUAGUCCCGGCACUUUCUUUUCCCCACCAACCCCAGUCCAGAAGUGAACCUGUUGUGUGCUGGUGUUUAUUCUGUUGGCUGUGCUGUUUGAGGAUGUUUGCUUGCGCUGAAAAGUGUCAAAUCCCUUGGAUGGUGAUGUUACAAAAACGUAAAAUGAAUAAAAGGGAAAAAAGAAA